GUUGUGGCAGGCAGUGAAGAGCUUUACCUGAAGAAAAGCUGAGUGUGACAGACGAGACACGGAAGGAAAGCUUGAGAAAAACAACAUCCGAUCCAAUCGAGAGGAUGAAGAAGUGUGUUGCUGCCGUUGUGUGGCUGAGCCUUCUCUCACUGGGACACUCUGCACCUCUGGGCAGCUGUGACAGGCUGGUUGAACCAAUAACUAUCAGCAAUGAAGAGCUGUUGGGAAGGUGGCUGUAUGUCGGGGGGAGCUCGGACCUCCCAGGAAGCCGCUCCCUGGGCCAUCUGAUCACCAGUGAUCAGAUGGACGUCACUGCAACCUCCCAGAGCAACAUCCUCAAUCUCAUCCAGACUCAGAGAAUAUAUGGCACACAGAAUUGUUCCAGCUUAACAUACAAUGUGACCUUUGAAAACAACACGUUGUUAAUUGAGAAACCUUUCUACCUCAGGGAAGUGUACCUGACGACAGACUGUUCCGACUGUCUGGUUAUCCAUGAAGAAGUCGUCUCUGGCAAACAUACUUUCACCAGUCUUAUGCUUUUUAGCAGGAGACGGAGUGUCUCACCUGAUGUUGUGGAGAUGCUCAAGGCACAAGCAGAUUGUCUCCGGAUGCCUUCGCCCAUAAUGAUGGACACAGACUACGAAAUCUGCCCGGACAAUAUCUCGCCCUCAGAGGGGAUCAGCGCCCUCAACUCCAUCAACUCCUUCUUAGAGUUCAAGAUGGGACUUCGAGUUGCAAGAUUCCUGGAUGCUCUUUUUGAUAGAUUUGUGAACUGA